AACAUCACUGUGUUUGAGCAGGAACUGGAAGUGAUACUCUACCGCAGAGAGAGCGAACACCAAGUGACAGCGCCACCAAGAGUGACUGAGUUUCUUACCUGCCAUAGAGUGUGUUUAAUCUCACUUUCUUAGUCCCCUGAGUUUGUAGCAUCACGUUAGUUUUUAGUUUGAGUAACUCCUGAGGUUAGAUUUAUUCCUCUCGCCUUUUGUUCUUGUUUAGUGUUUUUGCCUUUAACUAUUUUCCCUUGUGUCACCUUCGCUUGCUGAAAUAAAAUCUUGCUUUUUGCUCAUCCUCCGAGCUUCAGAGUGGUGUCUGCACCUGAGUCCUUUAACCUGUAUUGGCCGUCGUGACAUAAAACCACAUACAUACAUAGUGUCAUGGUCCUGAGCCUGCUGACUCAGGGUUUUGUGUUUCUUUAUGCGUUUGUUUAUUCUGAGUAUGUAUUCUGUUAUGAUUUGCCAUUUGUUAGGUUUCUGUUCUGUGCCUGCCCUGAUCCCACUUCUGUGUUCUGCCUGUCUAUGGUGUCACACUGUCUGUUUGUGAACCUGUCUUUUUAGUUCAGUGCCUUGUCUGGUUCUCUGUGUCUGAGUUUCCUGUUUUAUUCUGAAGGUCCCCGUCUCAUGUGAGUGUGUUCAGUUUACGUUUCCCCUGUCCCGUCGGCUCUGAUUUCUCCCAGGUGUGUUGCCCUCCUGUCUCUCAUCCCCUGAUUACUGCUGUGUGUAUUUUAGCCCUGUGUGUUCUCCUGCUUGUUGCCGGUUUGUCUGUGUUCCACGGUGCCCUGUUCCUCAUCUCUCUGCCUCUCACCCCGUUUGGUAUCAUUUAAGGUUUGUUGUUUAGUUUUCCCAGUUUAGGUUUCUUUAGUUUUGUCAUCCCUCAUUGCCUGUUUUGCCACUACGCCACUUUGUAAAUAAACAUCACUAGCAUUAUCAUCUACUGCCUGCAUUUUGGGUCCUUUCUCCCUCCAACAUCACACGGCUCACCUCGGCAGCCGUGACAGUACGAACCGGCCACAAUGGACCCAGCAGCAUUCAACCCAACCGAGGAGCUUCAGGAGGGAUAUUAUUAACUCUGUGGAUAAAUUAAUCAACUUAUGGCUGGAGCACGAGGGGAGAGAAUUCCGUCAGGCCAUAGCUAAUCGGCUGCAGCGCUUAGUUUCUGGUCUCCCCUGGUUGCUCAGCUCACUUCAUCCGCUCGCACAGAAUUUUGUUCUGAACGAACUUUGUCUUCACCCCCCGGUUGCUACCACCCACCCUGCAACUCAUGCUUCGCUGCCUGUCCUGAUGGAGGAUGCUCUGCCCAGCCUGUCAACACAGCCUUCACAAGGGAAACGGCGCUCACGCCGUCAACGCUCCUCACCACAGUCGGACCUAGGGAUUUCAGAGCGGCCGGCUGUGGUGAGUGGACAGGACAAUAGUAUUGGUUUGAACUGUGGGACUGUUUACUCAGGGGUUAUGUUCUGUACGGCAAAGGACAAUGACUGCUUAUCGCCUGUUCAGUCUACUGCUCAGCUACCUUCAACCCAGUUUCCAGUGUCACCUACACAGCAGCCUGUAGCUCAGUUAGCCGCCCGGCCUCAAGCUCAGUUAGCCGCCCGGCCUCAAGCUCAGUUAGCCGCCCGGCCUCAAGCUCAGUCUCCAACUCCACCACAGUUGUCAUUUCAACCUUUACUUCAGUUGCCCUUAGUUCAGCCUCUAUUUCAGCAGCCACUAGCCCGGUGACCUGUGUCACCUGCUCCUCCAGUACGACAAGCUAAAUCAAUUCUAUCCGAAGGGAAUUGUUUUUCAUUCGUCCAUUGUAAAUAGAGAGACAAACCCAUAAAUAAUGUAAUCGUUCCUCAAAAGCUGGCCCGUUUAGAGACAGUAACUCUCUCCAGGGCCUCCCCAGAGUCUGAGUUUCAAUCCGCAGUCGACUCUGGACCCCUGGAGGCUAAAAAGUCAGAAAGUUGUCUCUUCAAACCAGUCACUGGUGCAAAGAGAGUACCUUGCUCCAGGGCAUCUCAGCAUGGAGGGAAAGCUUAAUGCACGAGAUGGUAAGAGCUGUUGGGACUAAAAAAAAACUGAGCGGAAAGCUACAGACAUCUGAAAACUGAGUUUUUAAUUUUCAGUGAGAUCACCAGGACUAGCAAAGCUUCACCAUUGCAGGGAGUCAUCGUAUUCACUGAACCCAUCAAAAAAUCACUUCAUGGACCUUGCGUCUGUGUGUGGACAGACAUAACAUGACCUAAUUAUACACUACUCCUCCACAGAGUGGACCAGGAGAGAGCAGAGGUUUCCACUGGUCAGUCUGCACAGCAGCGUCAAACACACCUGGACUCUGUGUUUAUGCGGCUGGAGGACAACAUUAUGAUGUUUGUGAAGAAAGAGCUGAAGAAAACCAAAAAGGUUCUGAGUCCAGAUGACCCAGAAACCAUAAAAAGCCAGAGGGAGGAUAAGGAGAUGUUUGAAGGUGAGGAUGAAGAUCAAAGAAAGAGCUGCAGAGAAGCAUUUCUGAAGAUCACAUUACACUUCUUGAGGAGACUUAAGCAGCAUGAGAUGGCUGACCAUCUGCAGAGCAAAAUAUUUGCUCCACUCUAUAAACGUGAACUUAAAGCCCAACUGAAGAAGAAGUUCCAGUGUGUGUUUGAGGGAAUUGCUAAAGCAGGAAACCCAACUCUUCUGAAUCAGAUCUACACAGAACUCUACAUCACAGAGGGAGGGACUGCAGAGGUCAAUGAUGAACAUGAGAUCAGACAGAUUGAAACAGCAUCCAGGAAAUCAAAGGGACCAGAAACAACAAUCAGACAAGAAGAUAUCUUUAAAUCUUCACCUGGAAGAGAUGAACCAAUCAGAACAGUGCUGACAAAGGGAGUGGCUGGCAUUGGGAAAACAGUCUUAACACAGAAGUUCACUCUGGACUGGGCUGAAGACAAAGCCAACCAGGAAAUCCAGUUCAUAUUUCCAUUCACUUUCAGAGAGCUGAAUGUGCUAAAAGAGGAAAAGUUCAGCUUGGUGGAACUUGUUCAUCACUUCUUUACUAAAACUAAAGAAUCAGGAAUCUGCAGGCUGGAAGACUUCCAGGUUGUGUUCAUUCUUGAUGGUCUGGAUGAGUGCCGACUUAGUUUGGACUUCAACAAAACUAAAAUCCUGACUGAAACAAGAAAGUCCACCUCAUUGGAUGUACUGUUGACAAACCUCAUCAAGGGGAACCUGCUCCCAUCUGCUCACCUCUGGAUAACCACACGUCCUGCAUCAGCCAGUCAGAUCCCUCCUGAGUGUGUGGACCUGGUGACAGAGGUCAGGGGCUUUACUGACCCACAGAAGGAGGAGUACUUCAGGAAGAGAUUCAGAGAUGAGGAGCAGACCAGCAGGAUCAUCUCCCACAUCAAGACAUCACGAAGCCUCCACAUCAUGUGCCACAUCCCAGUCUUCUGCUGGAUCACUGCUACAGUUCUGGAGGAUGUGCUGAAAACCACAGAGGGAGGACAACUGCCCAAGAACCUGACUGAGAUGUACAUUCACUUCCUGGUGGUUCAGGCCAAAGUCAAGAGGAUCAAAUAUGAUGGAGGAACUGAGACAGAUCCACACUGGAGUCCAGACAACAGGAAGAUGGUUGAGUCUCUGGGAAAACUGGCUUUUGAUCAGCUGCAGAAAGGAAACCUGAUCUUCUAUGAAUCAGACCUGACAGAGUGUGGCAUCGAUAUCAGAACAGCCUCAGUGUACUCAGGAGUGUUCACACAGAUCUUUAAAGAGGAGAGAGGACUGUACCAGGACAAGGUGUUCUGCUUCAUCCAUCUGAGUGUUCAGGAGUUUCUGGCUGCUCUUCAUGUCCAUCUGACCUUCAUCAACUCCGGAGUCAAUCAGCUGGAAGAACAACAAACAAGCUCUCAGACAGAGAACGACUUCUAUCAGAGUUCUGUGGACAAGGCCUUACAGAGCCCAAAUGGACACCUGGACUUGUUCCUUCGUUUUCUCUUGGGUCUGAAAACUAAUAAAAUUUGUUUGCAAGGCCUGGUGACACAGACAGGAAGUAGCUUACAGACCAAUCGGGAAACAGUUCAGUACAUCAAGAACAAGCUCAGUGAGAAUCUGUCUGUAGAGAAAAACAUCAACCUGUUCCAGUGUCUAAAUGAACUGAAUGAUCGUUCUCUAGUGGAGGAGAUCCAACAGUCCCUGAGUUCAGGAAAUCUCUCCACUGAUAAACUGUCUCCUGCUCAGUGGUCAGCUCUAGUCUUCAUCUUACUGUCAUCAGAAAAAGAUCUGGAUGUGUUUGACCUGAAGAAAUACUCAGCUUCAGAGGAAGCUCUUCUGAGGCUGCUGCCAGUUGUCAAAGCCUCUAAAAAAGCUCUGCUGAAUAGCUGUAACCUGUCAGAGAGAGCAUGUGGAGCUCUGUCCUCUUCUCUUCAACUAGAAGACUGUGAGCUCAGAGAUCUAGACCUGAGUAACAACAACGUGCAAGACUCAGGUUUGACACUACUGUUUUCUCGACUGAAGACUACAAACUGGAAGCUGGAAACGCUCAGGAAAACACCAUUAAACUCAACCAGAUGGAGACACAGUGGAGAAAUUGCGCUGCUGCAGCAUUCUGCAAGCUCUGAACAGAUGGGCUACGGCACCACCACAUCUUAGCGUCCGCCUGGAAGUCCAUCGAAAACGGUGUCGGCGAGGAAGUGGAAGUGCAGUAAGCGAGCCGGUAUCCAUGCCGGUAUACCGCGCUUCCAUCACUGCUCUCCAACAUGUGCUCCAUAGAAAACAAACUGGACUGUUUGAGACUACAAAUAAACUCCAGGAAAGAAACAAGGCACUGCUUUGUUCUUAUUUUUACUGAAACAUGGCUACACGGAGGCAUCGUAGACCACGCUAUCCAGCUAAAUGGCUAGAUAGCUACCGUGCCGACAGAGACCCCCUAUCAUCGGCAAGACACAUGGCGGUGGACUGUGUGUUUACAUCAAUAACAGCUGGAGUAGGAAUGCUCCAAUUGUGUCUGUGCAAUUUUUAGAACUUGUGGAGGCCUUAGCAGUCAGAUGCAGGCCGUUUUAUAUCCCAAGAGAGUUUACUGUGGUGAUCAUUGUUGCUGUUUACAUCCCACCUAGUACUAGCAGUAAUGCUAAAGCUAGUGGAGCACGCAGUGAACUCUACAAGAUUAUCAGUGAUCUGCAAACAGCCCACCCUGACAGCUUCCUCAUUGUCGCUGGGGAUUUUAAUAAUGCCAAACUUAAAUCAGUUCUACCCAAAUUUCAUCGGAACAUUGACUUUGCAACAAGAGGGGACAGCAUGUUAUACCUUGUUUACACAAACAUCCAGCAUGCAUACAAGGCUUCAUGCAACAGGCCCAGGUUCUUGGAGACACUGAAGAGCCCAAUAAGAGAUUAAUGUUUCAGUGUGUCACAGAUCAAACUCUACAUUUCCAUCAGCAUAAAAGAGAUUCAGCAGCAGAUCAGAAUCAAGUAGAGCAACAUUUAUACAUUUUCUAAAUUCCCAAAUUCAUACAUGCACAUUCCUUUAACAAUGCGACACAAAGAUUGCACUUCAGUGGAUUUUAGUACAGUGGGCAGUGCAUUCCCCUUGCACACACUUAUAAGACACAAAUUUUCUUUUCUUUUUUUUUUACCUGUUUAGUUAUAUAUAUAUAUAUAUAUAUAUUUAAUUAUUUAUAUAAUGGAAACAUGGACAUAAUAUGUAGACUCUCAGCUUUUAUUUGAGGGUACUCAUAUUCAAAUUGGAUGAAGGAUUUAGGAGUUUCAGCUACUUUAAAGGGACUAAAAGACUCAAAAGCUAUUUCAUGGGAAGGUGUGAGCAAUUCCUCCUUUAUGUCAUUAUCAAUUAAGCAGAUAAAAGGCCUGGAGUUGAUUUGAGGUGUGGUGCUUGCAUUUGGAAGAUUUUGCUGUGAACAGACAACAUAUGGUCAAAGGAGCUCUCCAUGAAACAAGCCAUCCUUAAGCCUAUCUGAGAAAUUGCUACAAUAUUAGGACGUCCAGGGAAGACAAUAGUGCUGGAUGACUGCAGAAUGAUUUCCAUGUUGAAGAGAAACCCCUUUACAACAUCCAACAAUGUAAACAAACACUCUCCACGAGGUAAGCGUAUUGAUAUUCAAGGCUACCAUAAACAAAUGACUGCAUUUACUGCAAGGUGCAAGCCACUCAUAAGCCUCAAGAAUAGAAAGGCUAGAUUGGACUCUAAAAAAGCCAGCACAAAAAAAUGUUUUUUGGACAGAUGAAACCAAGAACACCAUCUACCAGAAUGAUGGCUAGAAAAAAAAGUAUGAUGAUGUGACACAGGACAGAAGCAGCUGAAUAAAUUCUGAUGUGUUCAGAGAUGUAUUGUUUGCUCACAUAAAUGCAGUCAAACUGAUUGGGUGGUGUUUCAUAAUACAGUUGGACAAUGACCCAAAACAGCCAAAGUAACCCAGGAGUUUAUCAAAGCAAAGAAGUGGUAGUAUCUUGAAAGGCCAAGUCAGUCACCUGAUCUUAACCCAAAUGAGCAUGGAUUUCACUUGUUGAAGACUAAACUACAGACAGAAAGGCCAACAAAUGUCUCUUUCUGGACAACUUCUCUUAACUUUAACUUAAGGAUGUUCCAGCUGUCUAACGGAUUUGCUUCUCCAUAGUGUUCAGAUGUCUGUCUGUGUUAACGGGAACGUGGAGCUCAGUGAUGGUGUAGCUAACUUCUGUGUGGCUCUUAUGGGGUUGUUUGUUUGGUUUUUUUUGGGGGGGGGGGGAUCUCUCUUUUUGUUUUCUGUUUUUGUUCUUUUUUCUCAUUGCUUGUUUGGUAAAUAAUAAGAGAGGAAAACAAUGUUCCAACAUGAGAAAUUCUGUUUUGUAUUCAUUGUAAACAGUUUGUGUUUUUCGUCUUCUUUUUUUCUUUAUAAACUAUAUCCACAAAUACUCAAUAAAAAUGUUUUGAAUUAAAAAAAAGAAAGGCCAACAAACAAACGGCAAAUGAAAGUCCCUGCAGUAAAGUCACUGGGCAUUAAAAAGGAGAGAACCCAGCAUCUGGUGAUAUCUAUGAGUUCAAGACUUCAAGACUGUCAUUGCCAGCAAAGGGGUUUCAAGCAUUAGAAAUUAACAUUUUGUUUUCAGUUAUUUAAUUUAUAGGGAUUGUUUUACAAAAGAUCCUUUCCUCCCUUCCAGAACUGAGUUCUAAUGGUGGAAUGACAAGGCAUAUAAAAUUUAAUAACACAAGUAAUUCAAUGUAAUUGUCCUCUUUAAAAAAAAGUCGUAAUCUUAAGAAUAUUGAAAUGUGUGCAAUUUCGUUCAAAGAAAAGCUUAUUCACAUGUUUUGAAGUGUUUCAUCAAUGCACUGCAGGAAAAAAAAGCAACUUCACACAAAUAACAAAAUUUAACAAAAUGAUUCAUUCUUCUGUUAUUCCUGCAUUUGGCGGUUGAACUUAAGAAAAGUUGUAAUAUACAGGUCUGUCCAUAUAAAUGUACUAUUUUGUUUCUCCAUGAACACUGAAGCUGUUAUCACUUGUUAGAUACCACACAGAAAUCCAAAAGCUAGUGAAAACAGUAGUAUUUUUUUUUGGCACACAAAGUCGAAGAAAUGUCUGAAACGAAUGACCUCCUCUAACAAAUUUCUGUCAUGUUGGAUCAAUGUUCUUAAAUUACUCAUAUUACAGUUCUCAAAUUUGAAGAAACCCUUGUUCUUUUAUUUAUAUGACUCCCUACAGGUAAACUAUUUGAUCUAGAUCUAGUUAGUUUGGUACUACGUAGGCACACAAAUUUGAAUAAAUUUUACUCAGUUUUAAAUACAUCAAUCUUUACUGAUGCCAUUGCCUCUAGGAUUCAUAAUAAUUUAUUAAAAUGUUGAAUGUCAGUUUGUUUGUUGUUUUUUAUAGUUCCUUUUUAGGACUUUUGUGGAAUGUCUGAGUAGGGUUUUCUUUUUGAGUGAGUUGUUUUAAUACAAACAAAUGUCACUGGUAUACCAAACCAUUUAUUAUAUAUUUUGAAGCAGUUGUGCAUCACAUGAGAAAAAUGUGUAGGUGACUAUGUUUUUCUUUCUUUGUUUGUGACUGUAAUUUAAUAUUUGAGUAUAAAACCCCACCCACAAAAAAAAGUGGGUGGGGGAACACCUUCACCUUCAGAACCAUUCAAUUUUAGUUUCAGAAUAUAUUUUAAAAGCCAUGUACCUUUGCUUUCUGAACGAAGACCACCAACUUUCAAUCCGUUGAUUUGUAGUUGAGGUACCAUACAUAUGACUGUGGGCUCCUGCAAGUUCAUCUCCAUGGUCUGAUCUUAAAGCACAGUGAAUGGCUGCCAUUGUGCCAUUUUCUGUGCCACAGUCUGUACGAAGGCAUGCUGGAAGUUGACCAAACCGUGACAAGCACUCCAUAUAAUAUUUUGCAAUGAUACCUGGGUCAUUAUUUGAGCUGCCACAGCUGAGCCACAUAACUUUCCUUGAAAAUCCAUCGACACAUGCACUAAUAGAAACACCAAAGGGCUUCAACUUAUCAUAACCAUCCACAUGCCACACUUGAUUUGGUCCUUCUGAAAAAUAUCCUCUUCGAACAAACCUGCGUUUACAGCGACGCUUAACACCAUAUGGAUCUAGUCUUGAGAGUAUGUGCAUUACAUCAUUUCUUUUAACUUUCAGAUUAUACUUUUGUCGCAGUGACUGACACAUGGAUCUGUAACCCAGAAGCUGACCUGAGCCUCUCAGUUCUUGUGUAACAGUGAAAAUGACAAUGUCAGUGGGAGUAAAGUCUGUCCUUCUAGUCAUUCCAGCAUCUUUUAGCCUCCUCUUUAAUGUUCUCAGACUCAUACAAAUAUUAUGCUUGUUUUCAAGAAAAUCCAGGAUCACUUCAUAUGUAUGGCCCUCAGAGAAAUACUUAUUGAUGAUGUCUGUGACUGAGACUGGGCCUAAGGUUGAAGAGAAAACAUGAAAAGAUAAUUACGACCGCAGGAAUCCACAAAUGCACUUAAUAAGUGUUUUU